AUGGCGCCUCAUGUGCCAAACACAGCUUUCGACAGACCUGGGCCUUCGAAUCCAGCAUCGACACCAGCGGUAGACGAAGACAGCGCUGCCAAUUGCCCGUUCUGUCGCAUAGCAGCUCUCUACAAGCCCUACGACCCGACCGCGCCCCCGGCAGCCGACUCGUCCAUCCUCUCCACCACCAAGGCAGACCCAAAUCCCGAGACCUACGUCCUGCUCUCGACGCCACACGUGAUCGCGUUUCUCGACAUUAUGCCCCUAUCCCGAGGCCACCUGCUGCUAUGCCCCCGCAGGCACUCCCCGAAGCUCACCGGCACCACGCCCCACGAGGCCCGCGAGCUGGGCUACUACCUCCGCGUUCUCUCCGCGGCCCUGAGCAGGGCCACUGGCGUGGACGACUGGAACGUCGUGCAGAACAACGGCGCCGCCGCCGCGCAGGUGGUUCCACACAUGCACUACCAUAUUAUCCCGCGGCCCGAGAUCAGGGCGCAGGGCCGCUGGAGUGAGAAGUUCACCAUGUUUGGCCGCGGCCAGAGGAGCGACCUUGACGCCGAGGACGGCGAGCAGCUCGCGGACAGUGUCAGGGCAGAGGUGGCGAGGGUCUUGAGGGAAGAAGUCCAGUCGGCAGUGAAAGAGAAGCUUUGA